UUGAAAAUUCUGACCUUAGUGUUGGUUGCCAAUUGUUUUGAGUUCCAGAUGUUCUUCAGUUGUAAAUAUGCUGCUCUUGCUUUGCCGAUCUGUGCUUUCAAAAAAUGCUAACCAGAAAAAUUAUUCUUAUUUAUAUAAUAUCUUUAAAUUAAUCAAUCGUAUUUUCUUAUCCGAAUCUGUUAUUCAUUUUGUCAUCAAAUAGAGUAUCAAUUGUUUAUUAGGGAAGAAAAAUUAAUUUGUAUUAAAUGGUCACAUAUUAACCAAUAGGAAAAGAAAAAAAUUUUUUCUUUAACAAAUUAAUCCGUAUACCAUUAAUUUUACGGAAAAAUUAACCAAUUAAAUUUCUCCGGUAUAUAUAAAUAUAUUUCAUUAAAAACAAAAAAAAAUUUAUCAUUGGCAUCAAAUGUAACAAUGAAUGAAAGCUUUUAGUUAAUACCAAAAAAAAAAAAAAAAAAAUUAAAAAAAUAAAAGCAGUCUGCACACUUGAUAAAUGCAAAUCAUUGACUAUAUAGUUCAUCAUUGUUAACGGAUAUAAAAACAAAUGAACGGAUUUACUAUUGAUGCUAUUUUAGGCAAUCAGAUUGUACAACAGAAUAAUCGAACAUUCAAUAAUAUACAAAUGAUUGAUGAUAAUCACACUGAACAAAUUAAUACUUUGUAUAAAAAUUCAACAAUCAAUACUAAUAUCAAAGUUAAUAGUAUAUCAAGUGACAGGAAAACAUUUGAAUCAAUUCAAACAAUUUUACCUGAAUAUACAUUCAAUGGACGUUUAAAUUAUAGUGAACUAUCAGAACAGGAUAAAAAUAACAAUACUGAUCUUUUUGUAAACUCUAAUAAUUCUAUUAUACAAGAUGAUGAUGAUAAUAUUGCAUACAGUUCAAAAAUUUAUAAAAACCGUAGUCCACGUAUACCAUUUUCACGUGAUCAAAUAUUUGGAUUAGAACGGAAGUUCCAGAAUUCAAAAUAUUUAAGUGGAUGGGAAGUGAAACAAUUGGCAAAAAAUUUAAAUCUUACAGAAACACGCGUUAAAAUAUGGUUUCAAAAUCGUCGAGCUAGAGAACGUCGCGAUUCUAUUGAAUUUAAUUCACACAAUGCUAUGAAAUCUUUAAAAACAGAUAGUGAUUAUUUUACACAAUCUUAUCAUGAACAUGAUGAUUAUAUAAUACAAAACAGUUAUAAUUUAGGUUCGAUAGAAAUCGAUAAUCAAACUGAUCAUCAAUAUAAACACAAUAAUUCAUUUUCAGAUUCCUCUAUAUCAUCUUUACCAUUUAAUGCAUUCCGUUCAAACUUACAAAAAUCAGACUUUAUUUUCAAUUUCAUUCCGGAUGUUAAACAGCCAUUAAAUCAGACCAAUAACGAGUUAUUAAUCCCAGUAUCGAUCAAGAAUAAUUUCGUGAAUAGGGAUAAACAAAGUGAACUAUUAACUGACAUACCUAACAUAACUGCUAAUAAAGCUAUGCAACAUAACAAUAAUAGUAACGAUAAUAAUAAUAAUAAUAAUAAUAAUAAUAAUAAUAAUAAUUUCAUCAUACCUGUAACUCAUAAUUCAGAUGCAUAUUCAACUAUGUAA